AUGGGAAAACACGUCAUGGGUGUGUACAAGAACGAGACGCCUGUUGCACCAGUAUUCCUUUAUCACGCCCCCGACGAUGAGAUUGUGCCCUAUCAUGACGCGGGGAUACUCGUGGAUAGAUGGUGUGGCUACGGUGCUAGUGUAGACUUUCUGACUGUCGCUGCCGGCGGACACUUUACCACCGAGAUCCUUGGUGUUCCCGACGCCGUGAGAUUCACCGCCAACGCUCUCGAAGGGAAACUUGCCGCUGGCUGCUCGACGAGAACCUCGUACAAUGACACGCUGAAUCCCAUCGCUCUGGGGGCUCAGUUGGAGCCCGCCUUGGCGUCUUUGCUCCAAAUGCUAGCAAACCUUGGCAAGAAAGACGCAAGUAUCAAGCAGGAUCUUACUAAACUUGGUCGUCGUAUCUAA